GAACUAGGGUUUUGUCUGAUUUCUGACUUUUAGCUCACUGGUUCAGGACAUUUGGAUCAAACUAAAAUAAAUGGAAUAAAACAUCCAAACCCAGUUUUAGUCUUUUGGAAAAACAUGAAAAUGCAGACUGGUUCCAUUGGGUGCUGCUAACUGGGAGACUCCCACCAGUCUGAACCACGGACCUCCCCCCUUCUCCUUCUCCUCCCCCUGCCCCUGCUUUCUUUAACGGCCCUCCUCUCCGGUGGUCUCAGUCUCCUCAGGACCAGGACAGCUGUCAGACCCGCAGGACAACAUGCUGCUACAGAACCUGUUCGUGUGGAUGCUGUGUGGGUCGGACCUGUGCUGGGGGGUGGUGUUCGGUCGCCCCAGACGGUCUGGAGAGGACGGGACCUCAGCCAGGACCGACUGUGAGUAACCUGCAGCUCGCUCCGGGUCUCUGUACGUGCCGACCUCCGGCUCCUGCAGGAACCGAUGCUUUGAGCUGAUGGAACUGGACCCUCCCACCUGUCGCUGUGAUAACCUCUGUAAGACCUACAAUGCCUGCUGCUCGGACUUCAACCAGCUCUGCCUUCGGACAGAGGGGGGCUAUGAGUGCAGCAAGGACCGGUGUGGGGAGGCCCGGAACGAGCAGCACGCCUGCCACUGCUCUGAAGACUGUCUGACCCGGGGAGACUGCUGCACCAACUACAAAAAACUCUGUAAAGGGGACACCUCCUGGCUCCAGGACGAGUGUGAGGACAUGAGGACUGCUGAGUGUCCUGCUGGGUUUGUGCGUUCACCGCUCAUCAUUCUGACGGUGGACGGGUUCAGAGCCUCCUACGUGAAGAGAGGGAACGCCGUCAUUCCGCACAUCGAGAAGCUCAGGACAUGUGGAACCCACGCUCCCUACAUGAGGCCUGUUUAUCCAUCCAAGACCUUCCCUAACCUCUACUCACUGGCUACUGGCCUGUACCCAGAGUCCCACGGCAUUGUGGGAAACUCCAUGUACGACCCAACGUUUGACGCAAGCUUCAGCCUCAGGAGUCGUGAAAAACUGAACCACCGCUGGUGGGGGGGUCAACCAAUCUGGAUCACAGCACUGAAGCAGGGCGUGAAAGCUGCCUCCUUCUUCUGGCCCGUUGCCAUCGCUGUGGAGAGGAGGAUACUGACCAUGCUGCAGUGGCUUCACCUGCCUGAGGGAGACAGGCCUUACGUCUACGCCAUGCACUCUGAGCAGCCAGACACAUACGGGCACAGGAUGGGGCCCAUGGGCACAGACCUCAAUAACCCUCUCAGAGCUAUCGACAGAGUUGUUGGCCAGCUGAUGGAUGGACUGAAGCAGAUGAAACUACACCGCUGUGUCAACAUCAUCCUGGUCGGAGAUCAUGGAAUGGAGGAGGCCCACUGUGACCGCACCGAGUUCCUCAGUAACUAUUUGACCAGCGUUGAUGACAUCACUCUCAUCCCUGGAUCUCUUGGCAGAAUACGCGCCAGACACCCCAACUCUAAAUAUGAUCCCAAGGCUGUUGUUGCAAAUCUAACAUGUAGGAGAGCAGACCAGCACUUUAAGCCGUACCUGAAACAGCACCUACCCAAGAGGCUGCACUACGCCAACAAUCGGCGCAUUGAAGACAUUCACCUGCUGGUGGACAGGAAGUGGCAUGUAGCCAGGAAGGUUCCUGAGGGCAGGCGGUACUGUGGCUUCUCGGGGGACCAUGGGUAUGACAAUAAGAUCAACAGCAUGCAGACCAUCUUUUUGGGAUUUGGACCUCAGUUUAAAUUCAAGACUAAAGUUCCAGCGUUUGAGAACAUCGAGCUGUAUAACGUGAUGUGUGAUCUGCUGGGUCUGAAGCCAGCUCCCAACAACGGCACCCACGGCAGUCUGAACCACCUGCUCAGGAGCCCCUCCUUCAGACCCACCAUGCCAGAGGAAGUUUCCAGGCCAACAGCCUCUAAUCUUGUUCCCAUGGUAACAGAUGACCUGGGCUGCAGCUGUGAUGAAAAGUUGCGUGUAAAAAGUAGAGGCCAGAGAGGUCUGAAAGUGACCCUUGUACGAGGCUAUAACCUGGAGUCACUGUGGCUCUGUCUCUUACAGAACAAAGUGGAGGAGCUAAACCAGCGAUUGAGGCAAGCUAUUGAUGACAACAGGAACCUGCCGUUUGGCCGACCUGCUGUCCUUUUCCACACCAAAUACACCAUCCUCCACCACACCGACUACAUCAGUGGCUACAGCGAGACGCUUUUCAUGCCUCUCUGGUCAUCCUACACAGUCAGCAGACAGGUGGAGGUGUCUCCUGUCCCUGAUGUUCUGUCCAACUGUGUGAGACCAGACCCCCGAGUCGCUCCAGCGUUCAGUCAGUCAUGCAGCAACUACAGAGCAGAGAGACACAUCACACAUGGCUUCCUGUACCCACCACAGCUGUCGUCAAACUUGGACAAGAAGUACGAUGCAGUCCUCAUCACCAACACUGUGCCCAUGUAUCCCGCCUUUAGAAGAGUAUGGGGUCACCUGCAAAGGACGCUGGUGAAGAAGUACGCCACUGAGAGGAAUGGGGUGAACGUUCUUGUUGGACCCAUAUUUGACUACAACUACGAUGGAGCGAGAGACUCGGCGGAGAAGAUUAAAGAGUUUGUGAGUGGAGCUCUUCCCAUCCCUACACAUUACUUUGUGGUCCUGACCAGCUGUUUGGACUUCACCCAGGCUGCAGACUCCUGCAGCGGACCGCUCAGCAGCGCCGCCUUCAUCCUGCCACACCGACCCAACAACGAUGAGACCUGCAAUAGCUCAGAGGACGAGUCUCGCUGGGUGGAGGACCUGAUGAAGAUGCACACAGCCCGGGUCAGAGACGUGGAGCUCCUGACGGGUCUGGAUCUGUAUCGCAGAACCAGCCGGAGCCACACAGAAAUCCUCUCUCUGAAGACCUUCAUGCACACUUAUGAGAGUGAGAUCUGAAACGUCCCUGCUGUGGUGGAACAGUCGCUCCUCCUGCACGCUGACCCGCGCCAGCAGAGCGUCUGGAUCCUCUCCUUCCUGCAGCUUUAGCACCACUGAGCCACCACUUCUACUGCACACGUCGCAACUCCCAGUCCCUAAAGCCCUCUGAAGCAGUCCCCCGGGCUUCUUGCGGUGUUGCAAUAAUUAGAUAAAGUUUAUUUAAAAAACAAAUCUCUGUAAACUGUAUUCGUGGCACAAAAAUGUCAUUUGAGUUUGUUUGGCUGCAUUUGAAAAAGGAAAACAAGACGAAACAACUAGAAAACACUUGAGCGAUACAAGCUUACGACUAGUGUGUUGUCCCUGAACCUGAACUGAAGUCAGCACCAGGCCGUCUGCAGGACAGGCUCAGCAGCCCCCGCUGUCACUGAGCAGCAGCUGCAUGCCUUUGCUGAAGGGGCUUCUACAAGUGCACAUACGUACGUAAGCCCCCAGGGCGGCUGUGGCUACGCAGUAGCUUACCAUCACCGGUGGUGUGUGAAGGAGAGAGUGCAUGAAUGAUGGAAAGUGCCUAAAAAAGCAUUUUGAAUUGAAUCCAUUCUAUUUAAAUUCUGUUAACAGAUUUAAUAAAUGGCCGUUUUUGAUAUAGUGCCUUCUAGAAUCCUGGAAACCCCCCAAGGCGCUUUACAACACAGUCAUUCACCCAUUCACACACACAUUGACAGCCUAGUGGUGAUGAGCUAGGCUGUAGCCACAGCUGCCCUGGGACAUGGUGCUGGUAGUAUUUGAAAAGCCUGAGUUGCACUAAGAGCUGAGAUGAGCGGCAGCCUGAAGCUCGACUCCACUCCGACCCAAGUUUACGUCCUACGCUCCGUCUGCAGCCCACGCUGUACACGAGAUGAGCUAACCUUUGUGCUAACCCCGGUUCACAUGGCAGGAUUUACAGAGCAUGAGAGACCACACACAAGUGAUAAUCACACAUACUCCAGUCUGGGUCCUACAGAGGGUCCUAGAUGGAGUCUAGGACCCAGAGGUCCUAGACCCAGAUGGGUCUAGAUUUCAGAUUUCAGAAUCUGAAAUCUGAAAUCUACAGUGUGAGACGUGCAGCAACUCAGCAACUGCUACAAACAACACCCAGACAUUCCUCCGCUGACACGGGACAUCUUAUAACAUCAAAUGUGACUUAGAAGUAAACAAACAUGGCAGCGGGGUGCGUACAGCAUUCUUCUGUCUCCUCUCUUUCUGAUUGGCUACAGGUCACAUUCAACAGGCGGCAGUCUCAUCUGUCCCUGAAUAUCAGACCAAGAAAAGCCAACGAGUUUCAAAUCUCUGAUUUAUGAUCCUGACUGAUCAAAACACACCACACAUAGUAGGAUUAUCUGAUCAGAUUGUCUUAAGAGCCGUGAUGGUAAUCAGGGAGGCCUUAAGAUGACUGGACGGGCCAGAAAUCAUCAUGAUGGUCCUGUUGUGUGAACCGGACUUUAGAUAUGAUUAUUUGUUGUUUUAUUUCUGCACAGUUACAAUUAUUUUAGUGAAUUUUAAACAUUUUCCAUAAAAAUACCACCUGUGAGUCUGACCUAUUUAUGUAUUAUGUGUAUAUUUUCUCCUAAUUAAAUAGUUUUUGUUAAUAAUGUGAUGG